AUGGAGCCAGCGAGCCUGAUGCAAAAUCGACAAGGUUCAGCCUAUCAGUUUUUCGAUAGGCAAUUCCGUGUUGGGAUGAAGUUACUGAAGAAUAUCCUCCUGUGGCACAAUCUGAUCAGUGACGAGGCUCUACAACACGUCAGUCUGACCUGUCUCGUCAAUCGCUAUUUGCUUGUUGGUCUGGCCAGCUCAUUGUCUGUCCUCACACCAACCAGUGGUGGAUCCCAACCAAGCUCGGACGAGGGGAAGAAUGCACCACCGGGGGGUGCCGACCAAGUCGCAGCCACAUACCAGUAUGUAUGCGAUCGUCUUUCCGAAAUUGUGGACUUGAUCCCACACGACUGGUUGGCCAACGCGAAUCCUGUGAAGGUGGAACGGUCUUGCGAGGAGACGCAGAAACUCAAUCCGCUCAUCGCGGAUCCUUUGGCUCAGUUGAAACGGUUUCUCGCACAACUUCUCGAUCGAUGCAUUAACGGGUCUGGUCAAUUGGGCGGAGCUACCGCAGAACGGUAA